AGCUCCUCCUCCCGGCGCCGUUAUCCGGGCGGCGGACUUAACUGAUCGGAUAAAGUCUGGACAGUUCCUAUCCAACUCCCGCACGCCUCUCUGCGAUUGUUUUUGCACAUAGAGGUGAAGGACGAAUCUUCCUGACAUGAUUCUCCACCAUGUGCCCCCCGGCCGGAGAGGAGGCCUGACUCCCAGCCCGGCCGAGCGAUGCUGAGCUAGAGCCGUGGCGUGGGCGCCCGCUGUCCCCGUGGAGGGCCGCCCCGGACCCAGGCGACCAUCCCUCUGCGCUCCGCCACCGGGACGGGAAGAGGGGCCCGCGAUGGCCAAUCACGUGGACCUCCUGACCGAGCUCCAGCUGUUGGAGAAGGUGCCCACCCUGGAGAGGCUGCGAGCGGCGCAGAAACGCCGGGCCCAGCAGCUGAAGAAGUGGGCCCAGUACGAGAAGGAGUGGCAGCACAAGAAGCGGAAGCCCGAGAGGAAGAGGAGCGCCGGUAGCCGGAAGAAGGUGGCCUUCGAGGCCAGCGUGGCCCUGCUCGAGGCUUCCCUGAGAAACGACGCGGAGGAAGUGCGGUACUUACUGAAGAAUAAAAUCAGCCCAGACUUGUGCAAUGAGGAUGGACUGACUGCACUGCAUCAGUGCUGCAUAGACAACUUUGAGGAGAUCGUUAAGCUGCUGCUGAACCACGGGGCCAACGUCAACGCCAAGGACAAUGAGCUGUGGACCCCCUUGCAUGCGGCAGCCACUUGCGGGCACAUCAACCUCGUGAAGAUCCUCAUUCAGUAUGGGGCAGAUUUGCUGGCGGUCAACUCCGAUGGAAACAUGCCCUAUGACCUCUGCGAAGAUGAGCCAACCCUAGAUGUCAUCGAAACCUGCAUGGCCUACCAGGGCAUCACGCAGGAGAAGAUCAACGAGAUGCGAGCAGCUCCAGAGCAGCAGAUGAUCUCCGACAUCCACUGUAUGAUAGCGGCCGGUCAAAACCUGGACUGGACUGAUGCCCAGGGGGCCACACUGCUGCACAUAGCUGGGGCCAAUGGCUACUUGCACGCAGCCGAACUCCUGCUGGACCAUGGCGUGAGAGUGGACAUAAAGGACUGGGAUGGCUGGGAACCCCUUCACGCCGCCGCCUUCUGGGGACAGAUGCAGAUGGCUGAGCUGCUAGUGUCCCAUGGUGCCAGCCUCAGUGCCAGGACAUCCAUGGAUGAAAUGCCAAUAGACCUCUGCGAAGAAGAAGAGUUCAAAGUGCUAUUGCUGGAGCUGAAGCACAAGCAUGAUGUGAUCAUGAAAUCGCAGCUGAGGCACAAGUCAUCCCUGAGCCGGCGAACGUCGAGCGCCGGGAGCCGGGGGAAGGUGGUGAGGAGGGCCAGCCUCUCGGACCGAACAAACCUGUACAGGAAGGAGUACGAGAAAGAGGCCAUUGUCUGGCAGCAGAUGGGAGUGGCAGAGGAGCAGAGGAACUCAGGCUACAAUGGGGACAUCAGAGAGACUCGGACUGAUCAGGAGAACAAGGACCCAAACUCCACCUUGGAGAAGCCCAUGCUCCUUUCCGAAUUAGCCACCAAAUGCACCCUGGGGGACACGGAGCUGCCUCUCCCGAACGGCCUCCGGGCCCCGGUCGGCGCGUACCAGUACUCGCUGUCCAACGGGGACAUUUGGAAAGUGCACGAGGUGCCGGAUUAUGGCCUGAGCCAGACGCUCCCCUAUGGCAGCCCGGGCCUCCCUGACACCCAGCAGCUCUGGAACGGCUACAAAGAGCAGAGCCACCAGACCCUCUCGGAGCUGAAGCGGCAGAGGGCUGCGGCCAAGCUGCUCAACCACCCCUUCCUAAGCACCCACCUCGGCGGCGGAGGGAUGGGGGGCGGGGCGGAGAGCGGCAGCGAGACCAAGGCCCACCUGCUCGGCACCCGGACUUCACCCUACAGCGCCAACGGGACGUCGGUUUAUUACACGGUGUCCAGCGGGGACCCGCCGCUCUUAAAAUUCAAAGCUCCCAUGGAGGAAAUGGAAGAGAAGGUGCACGGGUGCUGUAGGAUCUCUUAAUCUGGUCAGAAGACGGCUUGCAGACCGGGAGAGAGAGAGAGACACACACACAACUGGAUCAGAAGCUCGGCAUUUCUCGGCAUGGUUUGCACCCGCCAACCCAAUGGGUGGAUUUCAUUAGAAGGCUCCCGGGACGUGGGCACAUUUCAUUUUUCUAGGGCGGCUGCUUGCCAUUUCUUGCCCAGCCCCGAGAUUUUGGAAAGCUCACCGCUGGCGGGGCCGUCUCAUUCACCCUCCCAGGACCGAAUAUGCCACAGUUUCAAGUGGAAAAACACCACUUAUCGGCCCCGUGACAGGCGGCCGCUGAACUUUCGCUAAGUGACGUGACUACUGUACUACUGCUCUGCACUUGUUAAGCGCUUUCUGGCUCCCCUUCUCCUACCCCGUGGCCCCUCCGUGGCAGUUUUGCCAAAUCCGAGCUUGGUCGGCGCAGGCAGACAUGAGCCCAGGCCAACUGGGCCCCUGUGCAUGUAAAUUCCUGUUUGCGUACGCAAGUCAGUGGUGGGCACGUGUCAUCGUGGAGGAUGCCCAGGGAACAGGGGGAUGUGUGAGCUUUCGAGUUCCGUUUCAAAAUCUGGUCAUACCGAGUGAGGGUCCAGGGGCCAGAGAUUCCCAGCCAGCUUUGUCCUGCUUUGACGCUAUUUUAAAACGACGAAGUAAGAACACAAUUUAAACUGAACUCUGCAAGGGACACCGUCAACAGAAUUCCUUGCCUGGGUGGUCAGGGCCACUUUAGAUUCUGAAAAAAACAGGGGAGAGGGAAAUCCAGUCGAUUGUUUUGCCACAGCUGGGGUUGGGUGUAGUUUCUGUAUUACACAGUUCAUCGCACUGAAACGAAAGGAUCGAUUGCAUUUGCUAGGUUCUCUUAGACUUUUAGUGUGCUAGGGAAAUGAUUAAGUUCAAGAAAUUGUUUUCCUUUUUUUAAAAAAAAAUUACGAAAACAUUUCUUUUUGAUCUACAUCUUGUUGAAUCAUCUGUCUGGAUCCCUUUUUAAUGUUUAAAUUGGGCAAUCUCUGAUAGCGGGAGCCCUUUGCUUGCUGGGAAGUCGUGUGGCCCUCUUUGACCACAGCUGCCAGCAAAGGUUUUGAAAUGCCAGGUUGACUCUCAAACGCGUUCCCCUUCGCAUCCACACACCUCUUUCACGCAUGCAGGGCUAGCGGAACAGAGGUUCAUGAGCCAUAGGAGGUUCUCUUUCAGGAAAAAAAAAAAAGUAGCUUCUCCCAGGAAUGCAGUGAACGAGAGCAGCAGCCCUUCUCUUGUCUUGUAGUAAUCCUUUUUGUACUGGGCUGACCGAUCCCUAUGUCUCACUAUGGGGUUGAGACUCUAGUGUCUUCCUCCCCCAGGACAGAAGCCCCCUUUCUCCCUCACCUGCCCGAGAGGAACGAGAAGGUGGUGAAAAUGGAGGUUAGCUUUCUCUGGGUUGACUCAAAGCCACGCACGUUUCCCAGAUACGGGAACCUAUGAAGGCAUUCCCUCAGAGCACGUGCUGAGUGGGCGCGCUUUUCUUGCAUCCCUUCCUUAGGUGCCUCAGCCAGUUCCAAAGGCUGUUAACACAGAGCUCGUGCUGAAGAGAGAUGCUUAGAUGGUUGUAGCGCUUCACAGCCCAAAACCCUCUGGAAAGCGCACAGGACACCAGAAGACUUAUGCCCUCUUGCCCCGCACCCUCACGGGGGGCAGGAUCGGAGACCGAGCUGCCGGAGGGAGAGCUCUGUCCGGUGAGCCGGAGCCGUAUUGGAUUUGAGAUCAGGAGUCCUCAGAUGGGAGCCAAAAUCUAAUCCGCUCCAGGUAGGCAAAUGGUCUGGAGUUGACCCCUGCAGGCUUGCCCCCCCCCAGAAUGGGCAUUGUGUAGCAACGAGCACUCUGAGAACUUCCCAGUUCGAUGUACAUAAGUUGUGACACGGGACUGAUCUACUGAAGAAUAUCCUCCUGCAGAAAGCACAAGCUAUCAGACAACGUGAACUGAGGGUUGGGUAGUGGAAAAGUGCGUGGAAAUUCCUGCAGCUCACUUUGCUCUCCCUCUGCCCAUACUGAGCUUCCUAAUGCAGGCGGGGAAGCGGACGGAAAGUGCUUCAUCUCCGCUCCCUGAGAAGCAGGCGGGUUUUUUCUGUCACCCGGACGCAAUCGCCUGUGCAUCUCCCACCUGGGCGUGCCCAGGGCUCAUGGGAACUCAACAUCAGCCCACUUUCGUUGAGGCGGGUUCUUGAAGGGGAUUGGAGGAGGUAGAGGAAGAGGAGGAGGGAAGCGAGCACUGUAGCCAAAACCUAGAGAGGAGGAAGCAUUACGAGUAGUAAUCUAUGUGGGACAUGGUUGCUCUGCCCUGGUGAAAGUUUCAUGUCCUUUGGGCCUUUAUCCAAGCAUUUAGUCUGUAGCAGAUGGAGCUUGAAGAAGCCCAGGGUUGGGUGAUCGAAGGUGCCAGCUUCAGCAGAAAAGAAAGGAUCGGUGAUACCCUGCAACAGAGUUAGCAGGUGCGAUUUGGGGGCUGGAUAUCCUUCAGGCCGGAGAGACUGAACUAGUCUUCUCCUGUCACCCCAUAGAUCCAGGAAGAACUUAUGGAAACAGGGCAACUUAAAGGCACAUUCACUGCCGGGGGCAGGGGGGGAGGAAAUCCCCCCAGGCAUUAUACGGGAGGGAAAACUAUACCAAUCUGUGGCGUGAUCAGCCUCUGCUCCCAGUGCUAUUCCCUGGGGCAGUCCAUCUCCCUUCUUACUUGCCAUCCAGCAGUCUCUAGCUCAUCCGGUUUCCCUUUGGCUUUCUCAUUUAGUCCGGUGGUUAAAACCCAUCUUGAGAUUGGUGCUUCUCUGCCUGCUCUGCUGCCAUGUGGUUCCAACUGAAUGGGGCUGAUUAGUUAAUAUGGGGGUUGUGAGUUGCCACCAGUGCUUGAAUGAGAGCAGGUAGAGCAGUGUUUUGCAUCUGCCAUUGUUGAAAGGUAGAAUUCUGUCUGAGGCCGAAUGAAGGACCACUAGACUUUCUUAGUUGGGCUAGUUUGAAAGUCUUUUCUUGCCUCGCCUCUCUUCACCUUCUUUCGGGUGGUCAGUCUCUCAGCUGGGUGAGAUUUUUUCCAGGUUUUGGUUGUCCCCCCACCAGUGAGAUUUCCGGCAAGAAAUCCUGGGGGUGAGCAUGCAUUCAGUCUUUAAAAAUAGAAAAGAUACAUUUGAGGGUGGGGUGUUUCUGGUGUCAACCUGGCAGAGAGCACGAUGGGGAGAAUUAGAGAACCAGACCCCAAGCCAAUGUCAAGUCUGACUCUUGAAAACAAGGGAGACCCCUUUUUCUCACUGGUAGAAUGAUGGACAUUUGAAGAGCUGAGACUGUACACCAUCUGUAUGCUGGUGUCUGUGAGGAGUCAAUCUGUGCUGUGUCAUUUGUGUAACAAAGUAAUGCUGAUUUCCCAGUGAGAGGUUAAACGCCUGUAGCCUGGCUACAGUGUGGCUACAGGCUGUAGAAAUCACUUAAUCUUACUCUUUCAAGCCCAUGACCUGAAAUGGGCCUUAAAAGUAAUUGCCAAUAUAGCACUUCACAGCUUCACAAUCAUAUCCAAGACCUUUGUGAUAACUGCACCUAAGGCAUCCUUCCUGGUUCCGGGAGUUUGUCCCCAUUCACAAUGUAGCUGAUUAAAAUGACCCACAGGUCAGCCUUAUCUCACUCCUUACAGCCCCCUCCCGCCCCCGAUUCAAGUUUCACUUUGGUUGCCCACCCUGCCGGUUUGAUUUUCCUUCACCUUUCCUUUCCUUCCCACUUGGCCCCAUCAGCUCAGAGCAGCACCAGAGCGGGAAGGCGAGCAUCUCUUCCACCAAGUGGAUGAGAUAACCAAUGUGACAACUGUUGGUUGCUUCCAAACAUUCUUCCUUGCAAACUCAACCUGAAGAUGUCCCAGCCGGAAUUCACCUACGGGUGUGAAUUGGUGAUGAGGAAAGGCUGGGAGGGAGAGGGGACAAGAAACACCCAGAGCUUCUCAGGUAGAGAGAGAGUCUCUCUCUCUCCCCCACCCUCUGAGGCCCUGCCCAAACCUGCGUACUUAGCACAUGGACGGGCAUACUCGGGUAAAUCUGACACGACAGCUCUCUGGGUAACCUGGCACCCUGGGAAAGUCACCAGGACCCACUCAUUGGGAAGCUCGGUGCUAGUGUCAUUGAAAGGGAAAACAAAAAGUGGCUCUGCAGGUAAUCUGCUACGGGCACUGUGCUCCGGUGGUCUGAAAGGGGCCCCCUUCUCUCUCUGCUGAAGGCAGGAGGAUGCUCGGGGCAAGGAGGCUGUGUCUCCUGAGACCCUCCCCUCUCUGUCCUGAGGUAACCCGGACCACCCAGCUAGGCCCUAAAAAGUGACUCAGUGGGCCUAAGCCGGGGGAACGUAUGCAAGUUGCCAUUCCCUCUGACACCUGCCCUCUCCCUUCGCUAAGCAUUCCUGAGUGUGGAGCCCACCAAGCCGGUACAGCCCUGACACUGAGCCAGGGAGACUGGAAACCUGGACUUUGGUCCUGAGUUGUACUGUAAGACUGGAGUCGCUCGUCCUCUCUUUGGCUUCCCUAUUUGUAAAGCGGAAAUGAGAAAUCCCUGCCCAACAGGGGCCCUGGGAGGAUAAAAUGAGGCCCGAGGUAUGAAAAAGCUCAGAGUUGAAGAGAGGUGCUUCAGAAUCUCAAGCAUCAGUGUUAGUUACAGCUUGGUGCCGGAACUGUAGUAAACCAGCUGCUCUUGGUUGCACGGUUAAAGGGUUGGAGCCAUUACUCUGAUAUAUUGAAGUCCUGUUCUCAUUCUGUUUCAGCUAGAACUUUAGUCUUAUUUGCAGUGGAGUGAUCCCAAAUUACCAGACACCAGUUUUAUAAUCAAGGACAAGUGUGUGUUCAAGCCCGGUGACUUUUUGCAGGUCAGCAAACUGGCUACCAAAAAACAGGGCCUUUGGAUCAGAAUCCAAGAGAAUCAGUACCAACAAGGCUAGGUUUUUGGUUGGUUGCUUGGGCCAUUUUGUCUCGGGAGAGGCAGCUUUUUCAAUUCCGCAUCCUGCUGCUUGCUUGGUUUUCUCUACCAACAUCCGUUGUCCGAGGGCCCGGGGAGAAAACCUAGAUCAAUUUCUGUAAUGUUGGAGCUUGUCAGGGUGAGGGUUGAGAAGUUCGUGCUUAACCCUGUGGCUGACAUCCUCCCAGUUCUGACUUUUCCAAAAUAAUCGGCGAGUUAAAACAAAUCUGCCAAGCCCCACCAAAGCUUUCUACAAUUUCCCCCUUGUUUAAAUAUUCUGAGCCCUUUUGCCUGUCUCUUUCCGUGGUCCAGUCCCCUGAUAGAAAGCCAUUCAUAUCGGUUUGCUGUGUGCACAACAAUAUAAGAAUUGCCACGGGAAUAAGUCCAUAGUGAUGUAUUCUUAUGGUACUCAUCCCUACUGGCCCCCAGAUGAAAUGCUGUAGGAGUGAAUGACAGGAAUCGGAGAUUCGUCCUCACAUGUCAAGAAAAAGGGAUGAGGAAAGAAUCAAAUACCUAAGGAUUUGCCCAUAAUGGCAAAAUGGGGGAAUUCCUAGUAAUAAAGCUUAAAGCAUCCUGGGAUGCUUUAGUUUACCGAUGGGAAACAGCCCAGGCAACAUCUCAGUGUUAUUAUUCGUUCCCCCCCGGCCGUCCCCAGCUUCCUCCUCCUACUGAAGCUUUUCCAUUUCAUCCCCAGCCUCAUCUUCUCCCCAGCCUCUGCUGGAAAUGUGAGUCAGUGACCUGAAAUAUGAAGGAAUGCUGGAACCGUUGCGUAGCUGAUCACUCUAGGGUAAUGGCACGAAUUUCCAGGGCGUGUCAGCCUCCUGGGGAGGUCCUCCUUCAUUUUUGCCAAGCGUUUGAACGGGCCCAAAAUCCAUUGAGGGAACUCAACACGGAUCCGUGACGGGUACCAUUCUGAGCCACGUGGAACCCGUGUCCUGCGGGAGGUCCUCACGGGUAUCUGGAAAACUGGAUUAUAAUGGCCGAGUCAGGGCGGGGGGCGGGGGAGGUGGUCCAUUGUGGUCAUCGUAGGCCUGACAAAUUUGUGAAGCCUCCCAGUACUACGGCCACCUCUCUGCAAAUACUUUGAUUAAGCUAUCCCGCUGGGAUCAAUUUCCAAGGCUUCAAGAGCUGCCCGGAGGAUGCGUCAUGCUCCGAGAAUUUAAGAAAGUAUUUUACCCCAGGUUUCUCCGACUCUGGAAAUUAACUCAAAUCCUUUUUCGGUCUUAGUUAUAAAAUCUACUUGACCAACUUUCUCACCCCCUUAAACCUCCUACUGUAGACUAUGAUGAGAUUUUCUUUUUUUUCUGACCUCUAACAUAUCCAAGAGGGAUUUUCAAGGGCUUGGAGUAUCUGAUUUAGCCUUCCAGCUAUGAUCGAACACUUUGCACUUCACGAGAGUUAGACUCGGGCAGGCGCUGGAGGGAGAGAAUUGGUCGUCGGAGAGAAGAUUCCCGUUUUCCUGGGAGAAAACAGCUGGUCCGCUUGUGCGGCUCAAAUCCCCGCCCCCCAGAAGGGAGUUUGGCACGCAGGCUGUACCAAGUUUCAAUCGUAAAUGGUGAACAACAGCAGCAGAAGCCCAACUCUGAGUCUCCAAGCAGUGUCUGAAGACAUCCCACCCGCCCUGCAAUAACUCUUACCGGAUCUAAUGUCCCUGACAUACGUUAAUGAUGUACUGUACAGAGAAAACUGAGAAAGUGUAUUUUAUGUGAAAAAAACAAACUAAUGUAAGAACACUGUAUAUUGUACUAGCAGCUUUGUGUAAAAAAGAGCCUUUUCGCAAUCAGAGUCUAAUAUAUUUAAAACGUUUUUUUUUUUUAAAAAAACUUUGAUAUUGUACUGGAUUGACUUCACAACGCACCUUUAAUGACUGAAGAAAUGGUUACCUACCCUAUGGAAGCACCGAGUAAGAUUUCAAGUAAAUUGUACAUAAAUCACAUGCCAAAUGGGUAUGUAUGACAGUAUUAGCUUUGAAAUUCUGGUAUCUUUAAUAGAGUUUUUUAAUUAAAAAUAUUAAAUUUCU